CGCAGUCAGACAUGUGGCCUGAAUUGCCAGGCGACCAGGGGGCCACGUGCCAAGGCGGGCGCGGGCGGCAGAACAGGGCAGACGCCGACCGAAAUCGACCGAAAUCAUUUUGCGUUCUUCAUCUUUCAUCUUCAUGCCAUCAGCCCUCCAGCCGGGUGUCAUCAAAAUGCCAAUUCCUCGCCGUUCCAUCGAAUUCGGCAAUUCCCCUGGCGUGCUGCAGUCUGGACCAGACCCAAAAAAAAUGCAGCUGGCGGACGCCCCAUGAUUCAUGAUGAUAUCAUGGCCCACUCGCCCCGACGUUAGUGGCGGCGAGCAACGCGAUCGCCAAAAGGUUGGAACGGGCCAAUGAGCCCUACUGUCCCUACCUUAGCCGAUCUACUAGUUUUCUAGUAGAUAUCGGAUUGCCCGCAUCCCUCGAGAGGCGACCCCUCGGGUGCUUCUGCAAUGCUUCACUGUCACCCGUCACAAUGGCUGCCAUCACAGAGAACACUGGGCAGUCGACUUAUCGAUUAGCUCAAGAACGAGAAUUUUUCAAAUUCAUCCCCAACGAUCAUUCCGCCUCGCAUUUUGCACCCUUCGACCAUGAAAGCCGGCGGUCCUUCGUCGCGCAGCCCUCGCGAGAUGCUGCGUUGACCUCCUUUGCCCAGCUCGGUGCCAUUCGCCUCGGCGCGAGACGGGCCCUGGUCUCGCUGUUCGAUCGCACCUAUCAACAUGUCCUGACCGAGGCAACCCCUACCUUGAGUCUCAUCGGGGGCCACGUCCGAGACGAGCGUGAUAACCUACGGGUAGGAUCGUGCGUUUUCCCUAGGGAGCGGGGUCUUUGCACUCUGGUGUCCACUCUACCCUCCCCCGACUACAACGAGGAUUCCGCGGUGGUCGACGGCAGCGCUGUUGUCGUGCCGGAUGUGACCCAGGAGGAACGAUUCAAGUGCGCCGAGCUAUUAGGCCUGCUUUCAGACGUUCGCUUCUAUGCUGCCGUCCCAAUUGUCAGCCCGCGCGGCUUGACGAUUGGUGCGUACAGUGUGUGGGAUGACCAGCCGCGACCCGAGGGCGUCGAUACAUACUCACUACAAUUUCUGAAGGACAUGGCAGCGACCGUCAUGGAACAUUUGGAAGGCCAGCAUGCGCGGCAUAAGAGUCAGCUAGCUGAACGUAUGAUCGUUGGCUUGGGAAGCUUUGUCGAGGGACGAGCGACUCUGCGUCAUUCAUGGCGAGAGGCGAACGCCCAGUUUGCAGCCUCGGAGCAGUCGGGUGAGACGACCGAGGGACAAUUGAACAUCCACCAACAGGAUCUGGAGGAGCAGGGACAAGGCACCAAGAAAGAAACAGAGGCGGCGGACAUUCAAAACACAGGCCAGUCAAUCCGAAGUGUCUUUGCCGGCGAAGACAGCCCUCAAGAUGUCUUGUCGACCGGCAUUCAGCGUGUCUUCUCUCGUGCCGCCAACUUGAUCCGGGAGUCGAUCGGUGCCGAAGGGGUGGUAUUCCUGGAUACGAACAGCGAAAGAUUCGGCGACCUGAUUGAAAACAAAACGAACCGCAAAGUGACAGGCUCCGGUAACAACGACUCGCCCGAGAGCAGCGACGAGAGCAGCGACUCCGGAUCGUCAUCCCGCCGGCAUCAGUCCUCUGGAAGUGAGGAAGAAGGUACUAAAAGCGUCCCGGUUUGUGUCUCGCUGGGGUUUUCCACGUCACGGGCAUCCAGCAUCAAUGACGAAGUCAUGGCGAGCAACCAAGUCGUGGUACAGGAACCGCUGCUUACAUCUUGGCUCCGCCGGUAUCCUCGCGGAAAGAUAUUCACUUAUAACGCCAAUAGAUCCGUCUCUGACGACAGCGAUGACACGUUGGGUAGUGUUGUAACCCCCGAACAACCGAACCAGAACAGCGAAAUGGGUGGUGCAGAGCGGCGUUCUUCGAGUAAAAAACGGCGCAAGCCCAAUUUCCGCCAAGACGCUGGGAACCUCAUCCGGAUAUUCCCCGACGCUCGGAACAUUAUACUGUUGCCCAUGUGGGAUACCGAAAGGCGGCGCUGUUUCGCUGGAGCGUUGGUCUGGACGAACAACCCGGAACGCGUCUUUACGAUCGAGAAUGAGCUCGCGUAUCUAUUUGCCUUCUCGAACAGCAUCAUGGCGGAGAUUCGGCGCCUCGACGUUGAAAUGGCCGAAAAGGCGAAGACUAACUUGGUUAGCAGCAUCACUCACGAGCUGCGGAAUCCCUUGCAUGGCAUCCUGGGCACUGCGGACAUACUGAGCGACACCGCCAUGAACGCUCUCCAACAUGGCAUGGUGCAUACGAUCGAAUCGUGCGGCCGCACUCUACUAGACACCAUUAAUAACCUUUUGGAUCUUACUUUCAUUGACAAGUACCAGAAGAGACGUUCAUCUAAGCAUCAGGCCAAGCAGCGCCAGUUACCUUCGGGCGAGUCUCAAGAAGAUUCUGGUGUUAAAAGCAGUCGGAACAAGAAGGCGCCAGCAUAUACACACGUCAAAUUGGAUCAAGUUUUGGAGGAGGUGACAGAGUGCGUCUUUGCUGGGUACAGCUUUUACCAUCAUCCACAAGCACCACCCCCAGCCUUAGCGGAUUCUUCUUCACGUGCGACCGGCGAGACAAACCAGAUCACGAUUGUUUUUGACAUCCAACCAGACAUUGAAUGGGGAUUCUACACGCAUGCCGGCGCUUGGCGCCGCAUCUUGAUGAAUGUCUUUGGAAAUGCUCUGAAGUAUACCAGCUCUGGGUUCAUUUACUUGCAGCUCCAGUGCACCAAGAGUAAACAUAAGAGCCGAAAACGGUCGGACCCAUCUGGGGAUGAACAACCGGAAGAAUAUGAGGUGACACUGACUGUCAAGGAUACGGGCAAGGGAAUUGGCCCUGAGUAUCUACAGCAAGACCUUUUCACCCCAUUCACACAAGAAAACCCACUUGCGUCUGGCAGCGGGCUGGGCUUGAGUAUUGUGCGUCAAGCGGUAGGCGCGCUGGGCGGCUCAAUCGAAAUCAAUUCGACCAAAGGCGUUGGCACUGAGCUGACCAUCCGCACUCCACUCACCCACUAUCCGUCAGCCACAUCUGACAACUCCUCUGACGCUGUAUUUGUCUCCUUGCGAAAGUCCACCGAGGGCAAGUCUAUCGGCCUGUUGGGAUUUGGCUCUUCACUGGAAUCGAACCGAGACACGACUCUGUAUACCUCUCUGGCCAGGGUAUGUGAGGAAUGGUUUGGCCUCGAAGUCACCUCGGUCUCACAGAUCAUUGGUGAAAAACGUCCCUUCAACUUCUACCUAGCUGUGCAAACCGAACUUGACAGCGAGGAUCUUGAGGGUCGAAACUUAUUCAACCUGGCACCUCAAUUGUGUAGCCAGGGAGAUGAGACCCCCAUUGUCGUGGUCAUCUGUCAAUCCCCCGAGGAGGCGCACAGCAUGUUUGUCGCCGCCAAGAACCGUGGAAUUAACUCUAUCUUUGAGUUUGUCAGUCAGCCCUGCGGGCCGCGGAAGUUAGCUCGAGCCCUGGAGCUUUGUAUCAAGCGCCGGCGAGACGAUGAAUCAGGCCGGCGUGUCUCCGAUGAGCCUACGCGAUGGGUGGAAAUGCCCGAAUCGUCUCAUUUGCCCGUGGAUGUCGGGCCGAGCGAUCCUCCGAAUGAGCGCUUGAAGGUUAGCAAGCGCCCGACCACCGACACCAUGGGGAGCCCCGAAGAGACAAGUCUUCAGAAAGCUGUGGCGGAAGGAAAUUGGGAAGUCACCCUUCCCAAUAGAUCCGGCCAGCCUUCUCCAACCACCCAAGAUGAUAAGGGCACGGACGAGCCUGCCCCUCCUGUGCCAAAAUCCGUCUUGUUGGUGGAUGACAAUGAUCUCAAUCUCCAAUUGCUUUGUGCUUACACCAAGAAGGAUGGCCGGGAUUAUGUGACGGGUAAAGAUGGGGCAGAAGCAGUGGAGACAUACAGGUCUGAUCCCGGCCGAUUCCGUGUGGUCGUGAUAGAUAUUUCUAUGCCUGUUAUGAACGGUUUCGAGGCCUCCCGAGAAAUUCGGCGCAUCGAGAAGGAGCACCGAGCCAAGCUCAGCGAGGCUGAGCGAGAAAAGCUUCCAUACACAAUCAUUACGGCUCUGACGGGAUUAGACAGCGCGAAUGCCCAGAAAGAGGCCUAUGGCUCUGGAAUCGAUAGCUUCCUCAUCAAGCCCAUCAAGCGACUCGAUUUACUCGACAUAUUGAAGAACAUAGAUCAGUAAAUCUGCUGGAAUUCCUCGCUCGCAGUGCUUGUUUGGACGAGGGCUUUCUUUCUUAUCGACUGCUCUUUUUACUUUUCUGGAAUGCAUACGCCCACAGAAUAUGAUUAGACGGUCUGGCGCAAGGGAUUGGACGGUUGCAUGAUCUUGAAACGUCGGAAUGACCAUAUGAAAUACUUGUUUUAGAGCGAGAGUUUGGAUAUCACUGUUUGCACGGGGUUUGAGUUGUACAUGAUGUUUUGGAUGGAAUUUUGGCUAUACCAACUUUGAUUCUCUCGUUUUACAUUCUGGUUCAAGCUUCCCACUCUCCCACGCCUCAUGAGAUAGAAUGGCCUUUUCUUGUCCCGCUAGAUGUAUAUCUCGCUUGUUGUUCCAUUCGCAGCACGUAUCUUAUACAACAUCAUAUUUUCCUG